GCACUUUUUUUAGCACAGAGUGCUUCCCAAAGUAGUAAUAGUAGAACUGAAGUUUAGAAUUGCUUUUGGCAUGUACUAAGCUUUAAAAUGACUUCUCUGAUGCCUAGAUUCUCUGAGAACUAAAUUUCCCAUGAAAGCAAAAGCUACAGUACCAUUUCAUAGUUAGUGAUGCUUGUUGCAAGGAUGCAUAUUGUUAGAGAUAAUAGAGACUACAUUAUAUAACGUUUGGGAUACGCAACGGGAAAGCAUGAACGCUGAGGUAUUUGUCCUUCGAUAUUUUCCGUACAUGCUUCAAAGACUUCCUUUCAAGACCUGCAACGCUGAGGAAAGGUAUAUAGGAUCGGUGUCGUUGACCAUUUUAUUAAUUAGGUAGAAUGGCCAGUUUUGGAGCAACUUGCAGCCCAGCGCCACCCCACAUUAGCUUUAGUAGCACUCAGUCGGAGGAGGCGGCUAAUGGUAAGUGGGAUGACAUCUGGAACCCAGAUAGGCUAGUAAAGUGCCCCUAUGACCCCAACCACAUGAUACGCCAGUGUCGCUUUCCCUACCACAUUCUUAAGUGCAAAAAGAACCAUCCCGAAAUGGAGAGCGAGUUAAGGACAUGCCCUUACAAUGCGCGGCACAUCAUUUUGAAGGAUGAGCUAUCCGCCCACAUGGCUGUCUGUGUUGAUAGGCAAUCGGUGAUUGACGAACUGGGAGGUAAUUCCGAGGUGCAAAAGAAAUACUCAAUACCGGUCAAUACAACUGCUUUUCCCACCAGUGAAGACUGGGACAAAGAGGUGGAGACGGCCAUUGCGUCUCCGUUUGUGUGGGGAGUGACAUCUCAGAUCAGCCACAGCCCGGAAGUCACAAACAAUCUGGCUCCUGGACUUCGCACCCCACACGUGCUCCCAUGGAAAUAAUCAACAUAUGUUGUCUUGUGAUUGAGACCUGCAGGUGUGGUCUGGAGUAACAGGUGCAUGAUCAUCCACUUUUUCUUUUAUUAUAGCUUUCUGACUCUAGAGUAUAAAAAAGGCCACAAGGUGACAGAUGUAUCUACUCUGGAUCUUAUCAGCCUUCUUUUUCAAGGGGAGUUUCAAGAUAUUCAGGCACAAUUUGUUUAUUCUGAAUGGUUAAUACACUGGUUUUCCUAAGUAACUUGGAGACUUGUGAAAUUUGGUUUAGGAAGUAAAGUUCAUGUCAACUUUGUUUUAAUUUUAAUAGGUGUCUUGAUAUUUAGUGUUUUUUCCUUGAAGUAACGAUUAAAAUGACACAUGGGCCUAGUUAAAACAUGGAGAGACUUCUGUGGGCUUUUAAGGAGAAUUGUUGAUUGUUGGCACCAUGUAUAAAUGUUCAAUACCAGGCCCACAUGGUUAAAACCCAUGUAUUCACCAUCACCACCCCUUCCCUAAACGAAUAAAUCAAUAAUGGAUAA